CACAACUGCGCAUUGAGAGAGAAGAGAUUGAAGAGAGAGAAAACGCAGUGAGCAUAUCUGUCCCUCUCAGAGAGAAGAAACGACUGGCGGAGGCUUGUGGUCCGCUUGAUUUUGAGUUUGAACAGCCGAUUCAGUUUUCCCCUGCUCCGCCGAAGAAAAGAAAGAGCAAAAGAGACUUGAUGAGAAAAAAAAUCAAACAAAAGAAGAUACGAAAGGCUUUUGAUGCAGAAGAUGAUGAUGAGGAUGCUGAAGCGGCACUACUGUCAGAAUGUGUUGACGAAUGCGAGAAAGAGAUACAUCAAAUAAAUGGUGAUGAACAAAUGCCCUACUGGGGAAUACAAGUUUUUGGAGACCAGGAGAAGUUGCCUCAGCUGGAGCAUCCAGAACUGAAGAGUACUGGUCUCAUUCAGUUAUUUAUGGAUAAGAAGAUCAGUCCGUUGCUGGAUUUAAACUUUGAGAAAGGUGAAGAUUUCCUUGAAGGAUUGUUGGCGGAUGGCUGGUUACUGCACCUUUGCGUGCCUCUGGCUGUGUUGACAAAUCUAUUGCAACAUGGACAUUUAACUUAAGUGUGUGUCAUGCCAAAUAUAAUAAUAUACCAAAAUGUCUUUAUGAAUUUCUCUUAUGCUCUUUUAUCAUGAUUUUCCAGUGUUAUAUUAAUCAAAUAUGAGGUUGAUGCAAGCUUCCUGUGACUUCUGGUCUGCUAUAUUCUCAAUUAGAGAUAAGGUUCUUGCUGGGUUUCGACACAUGCAUUAAUCGUAUCUAAUGAUAUAAUCUCUUUUAGGUUCUAAUCUUGAGGUUUGUUUACCUUUUAUGAUCUUAAGCAGCCAGAUACUUGUAAUAUCAAGAUUGACUGGUUACCUAGUUAUUCAGAUCUGAAGAGAGCUCUCCAAACAUAUGGCUUUUCUUUUGAUUUAUUUUCUAAGUCUUCAGCAGACAUUCAGAUGGUUUCUGCUGAUUCUGUAAUAGCAGGACCACCGCAAAACAUUCAAUGUUGGAUAAAGUUUGUUGGUUUCUGUUGCCAAUCAAGUUGGAAGAAGAAGGCAGAGUUCGGUAAGCUCGGCUUACCGAGCUGGAACUAGCCGAGA